AUGCCCAAAGUUUGUGGAAAUCGCAACCUUUUUUCUGCGAAAGCCGCCUCUUUACCACUACCAGGACCGCCAACCCUACCGGACUCAUUUACGGGAUUUCCAUCUGUCGUUGAAUCCAUAGCCCAGCUACCUACCGAGCUGGCUGAUGAGAUCUUCUCACACCUAUCUACCCGCCAUCUCAAAAACCUACGUCUCGCUUACGUCAAGUUCUCUAAGGAUGUGCGUCCUUACUUCCGUUUCGAGCGAGUCUUCAUCUCGGCCAAUCCUCGCAACAUUGAGGUUUUCCGAGCGGUCGCAGAACACGAAACGUUCCGACAUGCCGUUCGUGAGAUCGUGUGGGAUGAUGCUCGCUUGCUGGAGGCUGAGGAUUAUGAAGAUAGAUUCGAAGAUAUUCGUCUCGACGGCGAGGAGUCUUUUGACGAAGAAUCAGACGACCCCGUAGAAAGCGUGCCUUGGUUUUACGUACGAGCGUGCGAGAACAAUAUCGAGGAUCUACAGACACUAGGUCACGCCGAUUUCGAAACCCUGCCGCAACAUAUCGAAACCGCGAAGCAAGUCCACGCGCAGCUGCCCGCGGAUGUAGCAUACGCCUACUAUCAAGGUCUCCUCCAACAGCAGAGGGAUGCCCUAGCUUCAGGAACCGACAUCGCCGCUUUAAGAUGGGCAUUAGACGGCGAUAUGUUUCCCAACCUACAAAAGAUCACCUUAACCCCCCUCGCGCAUGGCGUCCUCUUCACGCCUCUGUACCCUACACCCAUGAUUCGGAAAUUUCCACACGGCUUCAACUACCCGAUCCCCCGCGGCUGGCCCGCAUCGCCCGAUCCUUGGACAAUGGGCGCCGAGAGCUGGGACAGCGAGGAUGUCAAGAACAGGUGGCGUGGCUUCCGCCUCGUGACUGCACUCUUGGCGCAACAGACGCGAGCCAAGGUCCCGGAACUCGUUAUCGAGGGCAAUCAGAUCGGGUCAGGCCUGACAGCUGACAUCUUCUCGAGAGACGAAACGUGCAAAGAGUAUGACGAUCUCUUCGCGUUGGUCCAUAAGUCGGGGUUCUCCGCGCUCACAUUGCAUCUAAUGACGGGUGGCCAGGAAUGGAAAAGCUAUCAUGCCUUCCGCAACGAUCGUCUUCGGAAGCUGUUGUCUGCGAAUCUUCAAAAGGUCACAUUGGAGUUGGACCAGGACCGUAAUUACGAUUUCCAAGAAGGUUGGGGUAAUGCAGGUCGCCCAGAUCUCUUCGUCCCGCUGCGCUCCGUCUUCCCGGUCGAGUCGUGGACGCAAUUGACACACUUUGGACUAUCAUCUUUCCUCGUCAAACAACAGGAUCUCCUCGAUUUCCUAAGGGCGCUUCCGAAAACGCUUCAAUCUCUCGAGCUGAGUUCUCUCUGGUUCAUGAAGAAUUGCGGAAGUUUUAGGGGUCUGCUUGAGGGUAUCCGAGACGAGCUUGGCUGGCGCGGGAGAUCCGUUCGACCUCGUAUUUCCGUCCGAGUUGACUCGGACGCCCAUGUCGUGGCGCGGAAAGUGUGGCUUGAUAACGAGGUAGGGGAUUUUAUCUAUGGCAACGGCGAAAACCCCUUCCCAAGAGAUUUCACGGGCUACGGGCUUCAAAGGGGCGUCGGUAUAGAGAAAGAUGCGUUCGAGCCGAGAUUUGAGCGGCCGUAUGCCUCGCGUGACAAGAUGGUUGCUUUGGGGCACUGGCGGUCCAAUGUGUAG